GGUAAAAUAAACAAACAAACAAAUAAAUAAAUAAAUGGGACACACGCACCCUGGCCCGCAAACCCUAAGGUGUUUUAGCAUGAGAGGCCUGUCCCCUUGGGGUUCAGGGCCAGGCCAUGGAGGAGUCGGGGUUCUGGGGUGCCUCCUUCCUGCCCAGAGGAACUGGGCGGGCCUGGCUGACAGGUCCAGCGGCAUAGCCGAGCUGACACUCAUCUCCAGCAUAAAACCCCACUUCAUGGAGCCCUACACAUAGAGCUAGUGGUCACGGAGCUCCUGCCACAGCAGUCCCCUGCCCGGCAGGCACUCCAGCCAGGCUGAGACCAUGGGGCAGGUGCCAGCUUUGGCCCUGCUCCUGCUGCUGCUGCUGCGGACUGGGACUCAGGGGGCCGAAGCCUCAAGUGGGUCACCUACCCCAUGUGGGAUUGUCCCCUGUCUGUCAGGUCCUGGGACCAGAUCUUUACCUGCGUCAUCGUCAUCCCAACAUCCUCCCCCUACUCCCCACCGAGUGUGUGGGCGCCAGAGGACGCUGAACCGGUUGGUGGGCGGGCAGGAUGCCUUGGAGGGCGAGUGGCCGUGGCAGGUCAGCAUUCAGCGCAACGGAAGCCACUUCUGCGGGGGCAGCCUCAUCACAGAGCAGUGGGUCCUCACCGCCGCGCACUGCUUCUCCAACACCUCGCAAACAUCCCUGUACCAAGUCCUGCUGGGGGCGCGGCAGCUGGUGAAGCCGGGGCCGCACGCCGUGUACGUGCAGGUGAAGCGGGUGGAGAGAAACCCCCUGUACCAGGGCAUGGCCUCCAGUGCCGACGUGGCCCUGGUGGAGCUGGCGGCACCCGUGACCUUCACUGAUUACAUCCUCCCCGUGUGUGUGCCUGACCCUUCCGUCGCCUUUGAGACAGGCUUGCGCUGCUGGGUCACGGGCUGGGGCAGUCCCAGCGAACAAGAACGCCUGCCCAACCCCCGGGUCCUGCAGAAGCUCGCCGUGCCGGUCAUCGACACGCCCAUGUGCGACAGGCUCUACAGGACAGAUGCCGAGGAGUCGGGCUUCCAGCCGAAAACCAUCAAGGACGACAUGCUGUGUGCCGGCUUCGCGGAGGGCAAGAAGGACGCCUGCAAGGGAGACUCGGGCGGGCCCCUGGUGUGCCUUGUGGGCCAGUCCUGGCUGCAGGCCGGGGUGAUCAGCUGGGGCGAGGGCUGCGCCCGCCGGAACCGCCCAGGUGUCUACAUCCGGGUCACCUCCCACCACGACUGGAUCCAUCGGAUCGUCCCGGAACUGCAGUUCCGGCAGGCGAGAUCGGGUGGCCAAAAGCGGGGCCCCCGGGACCGGCAGAUCGCGGGUCGAAACGCUGCGCCCUGCCUGGCAGCCCAGGCUGUCCUCCUGGUCCUCCCAGCCCUGCUCGCCUUCCUCUGAGCCUCAGGCUGGUGGGCAAGUGGAGCCCGGGGCCUACGGUGUACAUUUGUAAAUAAUCCUCCUGCUCCCCCUCUCUCAGAUGCCCACGUAUUUUUAUUUAUGUUCAUGCCAAUAAAAACCCAACUUGCUCCGCUG